AUGUCCACCCCUCACACCCUCAUCACCGGCGCCACCGGACUCGUCGGCCGCGCCCUCACCGAACACUUCUCCAAUCUCCCCUCCCACCCCACCACCUCUCUCUCCCGCCGUCCCCCCUUCCACCCCUCCACCACAUGGCAUCCUUGCGACCUCACCUCCCCCCCCUCCAUCAUCGCAGCCCUCUCCGCCAUCCCCCCGUCCCAGCCCCCCAUCACCCACCUCGUCUUCGCCGCCCUCCACGAAGAGCCCUCCCUCGCCGCCGGCUGGCUCCAGCAAACCCACGUCGACCGCAACGCGCUCAUGCUGCAGAACACCGUGGAGGCGGUGGCGAAGGUGAGCGGGGCGCUGGAGCGCGUGACGAUCUUGCAGGGGCCGAAGGCAUAUGGGGUGCAUGUGGGGGCGGUACGGCCGGGGUCGCGGGAGGACCGCGAUGAGGAGCGGGGGGUGGUGAAUUUUUAUUGGGCGCAGCAGGAUUGGUUGGCGGAGUUUUGCGAGCUGGAGGGGAGGCGGCGGGGGAGGGAGUUGUGCUAUACGGUGCUGAGGCCGGCGUUGGUGAUUGGGGAGGCGGUGGGGGGCGCGAUGAAUUUGUUGGCGGUGUUGGGGGUGUAUGCGGCGAUUUUGCGGGGGAGGGGGGAGAGGUUGCAUUAUCCGGGGGGAGGAGAGGGGAUGGUGGAGGCGACAGAUACGGAUUUGAUGGCGAGGUGUUGUGAGUGGAUUGGGAAGGGGAGGGUGGUGGGAGGGGAUCGAAAGGAGGUGCCGAUGGGGAAUCAGACGUAUAAUCUGACGAACGGCGAGUUCUUCUCGAUGAGGCAUGAGUGGGCGUUCAUUGCGCAGUGCUUCGGGAUGGAGGUGGGGGAGGAUAGGGAUAUCACUUUUGCAGAGGCAAUUCAGACGCAGGAGUGGAAAGAUGAGUGGGACAGCAUUCGUAAAGACCAUGGUCUCAUCAGUCCCGGAAUUGAGGAGUUCUUGGGUCAGAGCGGCCAGUUUGCGGACUUUAUAUUUGGCAGGACUGCCGGCACAUCCAGUGCAAUGAGUUGCAUCAAGGUACGAAGGGCAGGAUUCGAUGAGUAUAUGUAUUCGGAUGACAUGCUGUCCAAAUGGUUCAAGAGAUAUCAGGACGACAAGCUUCUACCUCAAUUCACAACAGGGACUGGUCAGACGAAAAGCUGUAUCUAA